GGGAGAGAGCCAGAGGAGAGAGCGAGGGAGGGAGGAAGGCGGCGGGAGAGGCGAGAGGCGGGGGCCUCGAGAGGGGGGAAGGAGGGAGAAGGGCGGGGCGCGGAGGCCCUAAGCAAAGGACGGGACUCCAGCUCUGACUUUUUCUGCCGCUCGCGGAUCCGAGGGGGCUCAGCCACCCCUGUCCCAACCUCCUGAAACAGCCAUCUCCUGACAACUCCCCAUCGCCGGCUUCCACGUAGCCAUGUCCCUCCUCCUGCUGGUGGUCUCUGCCCUUCACAUCCUCAUUCUCAUCCUGCUUUUCGUGGCCACUUUGGACAAGUCCUGGUGGACCCUCCCGGGGAAGGAGUCCCUGAACCUCUGGUAUGACUGCACAUGGAACAAUGACAACAAAACGUGGGCCUGCAGCAACGUCAGCGAGAAUGGCUGGCUGAAGGCGGUCCAGGUCCUCAUGGUGCUGUCCCUCAUCCUCUGCUGUCUGUCCUUCAUCCUGUUCAUGUUCCAGCUCUACACCAUGCGGCGAGGGGGGCUAUUCUAUGCCACUGGCCUCUGCCAGCUUUGCACCAGCGUGGCCGUGUUUACGGGGGCGCUGAUCUACGCCAUUCACGCGGAGGAGAUCCUGGCGGAGCGCCCGGCGGGGGGCAGCUUCGGUUACUGCUUCGCCCUGGCUUGGGUGGCCUUCCCCCUCGCCCUGGCCAGCGGCGUCAUCUACAUCCACCUGCGGAAGCGGGAGUGAGGGCCCCGCGUCGCCCUGCAGCCCCCUGCCCGUUCCCGGACCCUCGGUCUCACCCCGAAGCCCCGGCCCCGCCGCGUCCUCCAGAAAAUAAAACCAAUACACCGUUUAA